UGACUUGUCGGCUGCUAUUAGUGGCAUGUACGCGGUUAAUAUUUUCAUUUUUGUUUUUUAUUAAUGUUAUUAAUGUCAUGUAAUUUGUUUUCAAUACCAUAAUGAAAGCGGAGCUUAAUAUUUUGAAUAAUUGUACUAAUUAGUACGUAAUGAGUAUUGAAACUUAAAUUUAAUUUGUUCAUGUUCAUCGGCUACAGGCCCCAACAAAAUUCAUUUAUGCCAAAUAUUUGGAUGUUUUUAUUGUGCAUCAUUCAAAAAACGAAAACUGUGUGAACUAAAGUAUAAUUGCUAUUUGCUCAACCACACUUAUUACAGACUUUUUGAAGUUUUGAUAAAUUCCUUUGGAAUAUGUUUCCGCUGCCCGCAUCCUCAGCCAUGGACAGCCCAUCCAGCGACAUCCAGAACGUGAACCCGAACAGGCGCGCGACGCGCAGUGCGCUGGCGGAGAUCCCGGCCCGCCUCGGGUCGCUGAGCGUGCGCGACAACGGGGCCGACUCCCCGGUCAUCGCUGCCACGGUGACGAGCCAGACCAGCGGGCUGUGGAACCUGAGCGUGAACGUGCCGUCGGCGUACCUCAGCCCCUCGCCGUCGCCGGACGAGCUGGUGAUCCAGCAGCGGGGGCGGCGGCGCGCGCCCGUCACCUGGAGCCCCGACACGGACGACCGCAAGGAGGAGCGCGGCAGCCGCACCCCGGUCAAGGCCAGCCCCUCCAAGAGCACCAUCGUGCUGCGCAGCACGCCGCGCAAGCGCCUGCUCAUGAACGAGCCGCGCGAGCUCUUCUCCUCCUCCACCCCGGAGAAGAGCAGGAAGCUGUCGCCCAACACGAAGAGGAGCCGGGUGGACAGGCCGGCGGUGCACGCGGGGCCCCUGCAGGCCGCCCUCAAGGGGCUGUCCCACCAGCAGCUGGUGGACCUGGUGCUGCUGGUGGCGGACCACCACCCGUCCCUGGAGCAGGAGCUGCGGGAGAGCCUGCCGACCCCCGACCUGCGGCCGCUCGAGGACCGCCUCAACGAGCUCAAGAAGAACAUCUUCAAGUCGCUGCCGAGCAACCGUCUGGUGUCCAAGAGCGACUCGCCCGCCUACAACCGGGCCGCCACCCACGUGCUGUCCUUCAAGAAGUGCCUGAUGGAGCAGGGCCGCCAGCUGGCCGAGAGCCAGCACUGGGAGUCCCUGAUGGACUGGGUGCUGCUGGCGUGGACGUACGUGCGCGGCACACCCGUCUGGGACAGCCAGCCGCACAACAACGCCCGCCGCCAGUGCUUCAAGUUCCUGGCCGCGCAGGGCAUGCAGGCGCUCAAGCGGGGCGCCUGGACGCCCGACCAGCUCGACGCCCUGGAGGACAAGCUGAGUCGCUGCAGCAUCGACAGCGAGGACAUGGAUAGCUGCCUGAAGCAACUCACCGUCAUUCGCAAGAAGUAGCCCCGCAACUCCGUCGUCGUGGCACACCUGAGCUCACGUACAACUGGCCGGGGGAAGGGAGGCGGCUGCCUCGCGAUUCUUGCAAGUGCCUUGUCCGAACUGCCCCCCCCUCCUCCCCCGAACCCCUUCCGAGAUAUCCCGUCGCUACUUUCAUGUUGCGUGUUCUGUUAUAUUAACAACGCUCUUUCCGUGAAAUUCCCGACUCUUUACACUUAGCAAUCUUUAUCCAAAGAUUGUGGACGGUGUAUUUUAUUAUUUUAUUCUGAAAUGUGUGUGUGGCAAGAGAGUGCAGGGAAUUCUAAUUUUAUUCUAUGCAUUGUUUUUAACUGCAACAAUUUUUUUUUUUAAAUUAUUAACUUGUAUUUUUUGCUGUGACUGUAUUGUUGAGUGCUGAAGUGGUGAGUGUAACUUAUUUAUGUGUUGGUUCUUCCGACUGAGGAAGUGAUGUGUCGUACAGGGCAUGCGGAUUUGGGAUGAUACCACGCAGCCUUGGCUGGUGUUGCAAAAUUUGAACGAAACUUACAUUUUGUAGCUUUUCGUUUGCAUGCACUCUAUAUUUGUUCUUUGUUGUUUACUACAAACAAUAUGCAUGAUUGUUUUUAGUGUAAUUUUAUGUUUUAUUAGUGAUGGUAUUUUUUUAAUUGACUUGUGCACGCGCACCGAAUAUCAAAAUAUAUUUUUGAAACUUUUUAUUUAGUGCGAAUAAAUAAAUCUUGGAAUCCUACGAAAUCAAAACCAUAGAUACCACCUCAGAAUUAAUAAUUUUAUAUGUGAUUUAGUAUGUCUGUUGAAAGUUCUCUGUGAAACAUGCCUCUUGAUUCUUCACUAGAGUGGUAGUGAAUUGAAUAGUCCAUUUCCGAAUAGAUUAGUUCUCGAAGAAUAUUUUUGUACUUCCAGAAAUGAUUGUACCAUUUUGUUUGGUGGUAAUGUGUACAUACAAAAGUGACUGGUUAUGUAAAAAAAAAAAAAAAAAAAAAAAAAAAAAAAAAAUUAUGUAUUUGCAGCAUGGAACAGUAUGUAUGAUGACAAUUUGUAUUGAGGAAGAAUAAAAUGUGAAACAUUUGGCAAA